AUGAAGCCGUACUACUGGGUUGGCAUUUGUGCCGUGCUGUUCGCACAACUGGCACCCGCCAUUAGCCAAAAUAACGCGUGCGGCAAACCGCUUGGCGGUGCAGCUACCACCAAAUGCGUGGAUUGUAAAAAGAUGACCAUUUGUGCCACAGACGAGAUGGUUUUUAAUGUACAGUGUUUGCCAAAUGAAUACUGUCUGGAUGUACCAGAAAUGCUACCAAUAACUCCGGGAGGGGCAAUGUGUGCACCUAUAGCCCCUCCAGCUGGAUGUGAACCUGAUACAGCAACCGAAACACCACCACCAACGGGCACAACUACUCCUGCUUCGGGUACUACAACACCACCGGAAGAAGGAUCCGUCAUAUGUUCGGGAUCUGGCAUAUAUCCGGAUGCAACCAAUUGCAGUAUUUAUCACUACUGUUCAGCAGCAAACGAACCCUCGUUAUUACAGGAAUGCCCCCCAGGAUACGUGUUCUACUAUACAUCCACCUCGACCGGAGUAUUUCCCUGCAAAAGUGGUGCCGUUUGCAAUCGAGCAAAUUGCACCGAAGGUAAAUCGCUUGUACCGUACGGCACCAACAAGAUAUUUUACGCACAGUGUACAGACGGUGUAGCUACCAUUUACAGCUGUGGUUCUGGAGGUAGCUUCAAUGGAGAAAAAUGUGCCAUGAGCUGCACUCAGGAAGGAAUAUUUCCGAAUACGGUAAAUACGAACGAAUACUACCGGUGUUACUAUUCCGGAUCAACAUUGGUGAGCAAAACGGAAAAAUGUCCCACAGGCAAGAACUUUGAUGUUAACCGAAAGAUAUGUGUGUAA